AUGGAUGACCCAGACCUGUACAGCGACGGGCGGCGGGACGUGGUGGUCCCGGGAUUUGUGCAUUACAUGGAGGUGCUGCAGGGCGUCGACGGCGCUAAGGCCCUGGGCUGGCCAGCAUUCCACGCGUCCACGGUCCACACCUCCCCUCUGCUGUACGACUGGGACCUAGACGGGACGCCCGAUGUGCUGGUGGUGGGGUACAACGGGGAAGUCCACGCCUUCAAGGACACGGGGGAGCAGCUGCCCAUGCAGCUGCGCGUGCCGCGGCUGCGCGUGCGGCGCAACUGGUUCGUGGGGAUCAAUCCUGACCCAGUCGAUCACUCACACCCCGAUGUGGGAGCUGCAGCGGCGACGUUCGCGCAGCAUGCAGCCGCCAAGGCGAAGAGCAAGAGCAAGGGGAAGGGCGUGAAGCCGCACCACUCGGCCAAGGUGUCGCCGUCACCGUCUGCCAAGCCGGCGCCUGUCGCGUCUCCAGCGCAGCAGCAGUCCCAGCAACCCCAACAAGCGCAGCUCCAGCCGAAACCAUCCCAUGUGCAGCCACACCCUGCAUCGCCGACGCCGGCGGCGCAGCCGGCUGCGCAUUCGGCGGCGCAGUCAUCACCCCAGCAGCAGCAGCCGCCGCAGCAGCAGCAGCAACAGCAGCAGCAACAGCAGCAGCAGUUGGGUCAAAAGGAGCAGUCUGCCGUGUUGAUAUUCAAACAGACCUUGGAGAAAUUCGAGGCCAAGUUUGGAAAGGCUUCUGCCGAGCAGGCCCUGGCCGACACAAAGGCCAAGAACCCAAAGCUGUACCAGGAGUACCUCGACCUCAUAGAAUCUGAAAAGAAGCUGCAGGACCUGGCCAGCACCUUCGGGGCACCUUCCCAGCGCCGUCGCCGGCUGAUGAGCGCGGACGGACAGGGUUCCGUGGGUGACGCGCAAGCGGGCGCCGCACGGGCGCUGCAGCAGGAGGGCAGCGGGCAGCAGCAGCAGCAGGCCGGCGGUGCAGCCGCAACACCGGCUGCAGCGGCGCCAGGGGCAGGGGCGGGCGCGGCCCAGCCGCAGGGGCCGACGGCGGGCGCUGAGUUUGAUGCAUCCAAGCAGGGUCUGUCAGACGAGGCGCUCGACAGCUUCCGCCUCUUCGAGGAAGAGGACCCAAAGACCGCCACACCCCCAGCGGCCGGCGGCGAGGCGUACGGCGGCACGGCCGCGGCGGACGCCGGCGGUGCGCAGCAGCAGUAUGAGGAGGGGCGGAAGCCAGAGGGGCAGGGGCAGGCGGGCGGGCAGGCGGAUCAGACGGCAGAUGGGAAGCCGCUGAUCGAGGCGAUCCCGGCCGCCUUCGACGAGUUUGGCGAGAAUCUGCCGCAGGCAGAGGCCGCGGAGGCCGCACUCGAAGCGGAGCGCGCGUUCAAUGGCGGCACUGAAUACUAUGGCGGCGGCCCAGUCGACGAGGCCGAUGACGUCAUUAAUGGCGACGGCGCGGCGGACGGCGAGGGGGCGGCGCCGGACCCCAUGCCCUACCCGAACCACUGGAACGAGGCGCUCGAGCACGACUCGGAUUGGGGCUGGCGGGACGAGUCGUUUGGGCAGGACCCCCACCACAUGACGUCAGAGUUUGUCUACAUCGACCCUCAUGUGCUGUGCACGCCAGCCAUCGCAGACAUCGAUGGCGACGGCCACGAGGAGCUGGUGCUGUCCGUCAGCUACUUCUUCGACAAGGACUACUAUGACGACCCCUCACACGCGGGCGAGCUGGGCAAGGACCUGCAGAAGGACAAGUACGUUGCAGGCGGCGUCGUGGCGUUUGACCUGCAGUCGCGCGUCCUGAAGUGGAGCCAGCACCUUGACCUCACCACCGACGACACCACCUUCAAGGCCCACAUGUUUUCCAGCCCGACGCUGGCUGACUUGGACAGGGACGGGAAGCUGGAGAUCAUCCUGGGCUCCAGCGUGGGCUUCGUGUACGUCCUGGACUGCUACGGGUCGCCGCGGACUGGCUGGCCCCUGCAGAUGGGGGAGGUGCAGGGCCAGCUGCUGGUGGCCGACCUCAACGGCGACGGCUGGCUGGAGAUCUUUGCGGGCGACUCCCUGGGCAACGUGGCCCUGUUUGACCGGGACGGCAAGGAGCUCUGGGAGAAGCACGUCAAGAGCAUGAUAUCGCAGGUGAUAGGGUAA